GCCUGCGUUGUGUAGCAUCAAAGUUUGAAUGAAGUCCAAAUCUCAGCUUUAUCAAGAAAUGUCAAGUUUGCUCAGUGAUAGCUGCAUCCAGAUUUCCUGAAGUGUAAUGAUGGAAGCAGGCAGAUCUUUCAGACUGGGGGAGCUUCUGGAGAAAUAAGGAAUCCUCAGCAGGCACAGGCUGCUUAAAUAUCUCUUGUGGACAGUAUUAGGUCUUGUGGGUGCUGCAGGUGCUAACUUUAAGUUUCACAAAGGAGUGCAACGUGUAUUAGGACCUGAACCAGUGGCUGCUGAGGUGUCUGAAAUCUCUUUGCUGGCUUCUGUGACUGAGCCCUCAAGGCUGGCAGCCUCGGUGGUUUCUUCUCUGUGGCGGCAUCUUGUCCUACUAUGACUCUCAGGAAGAUGCCUGGAAGGGUUGUAAGGGAAGCAUCCAGAUGGCUGUGUGUGAAAUUCAAGUUCAUCCUGCAGAUAACACACGAAUGGACCUGAUCAUCCCCGGGGAGCAAUACUUCUAUCUGAAGGCGAGAAAUGCAGUUGAGAGGCAAAAGUGGCUGGUUGCGCUAGGAACUGCCAAAGCCUGUCUGACAGACAGCAGGACACAAAAGGAAAAAGAGUUCACUGAAAACACAGAAGCCUUGAAGACUAAAAUGUCUGAACUUAGACUGUACUGUAACCUCCUUGUUCAGCAAGUGCAUAAAACAAAAGAAGCCAGCAUUUCUGGUGUAUCAGAACCAGAGAGUGGGAUUGAUAUGGGAGCUCUGUUGAAAUCAACCUGUGACACUUUCCUCAAGACUCUUGAAGAAUGUAUGCAGAUUGCAAAUACUGCCUUUACUUCUGAGUUAUUGCAUCAGACCCCACCCGGAUCCCCGCAUUUAGCAGUUCUCAGAACAAACAAGAUAAAACACUCAGUCUUGCCCAGCCACACCUCAACAGAAAGGCAGAUGGAAUUGAAUCCCUGUGAAAAUGGUUCUGUAAAAGCAGAAAUUAACCAGCAAGAACAAACCCUUAUUAAAAGUCUGGCGUGUUUAAACCUGGAAACAAAUGAGGAGUGCAGCGAUGUUUCUGUUGAGGAUCACAUAGAAGAGAAUCUGGCAGGCAUUAAAGAAGAUGGAAGGAACAAGCUGCAAGCUGUAGAAGGCUUUGGUGCCCACACAUUGCUGCAGUCAGAAACAAGUUCUUUAAGUGGACUGACUCUGUGUGAGGAAGAUGACAAUGAAAAUGGCUUUCCUACCUUCUUCAGUGUCAUGAGCAAUAGGUUCAGUGAUAUUGAACUUCGGGAGGAAGAAGGCAUACCAACAGAAGAGUUUCUGGAGUCAUGUUAUGCAAUUGUGCCAGUUUUGGACAAGCUGGGACCAACUGUCUUUGCUCCUGUUAAAAUGGAUUUUGUAGGUAACAUCAAGAAAAUAAACCAGAAAUUUAUAACCAACAAAGAAGAGUUUGAUACCCUGCAGAAGAUAGUGCUCCACGAAGUCAAUGCAGGUGUAGCACAAGUUAGAAACUCUGCUACAGAGGCUCUUCUGUGGCUGAAAAGAGGCUUGAAGUUCUUGAAAGGGUUUUUGACAGAAGUGAAGAAUGGAGAAAAGAAUAUCCAAACAGCUCUGAACAAUGCUUAUGGAAAGACGUUACGGCAGCACCAUGGUUGGGUUGUCCGUGGGGUCUUUGCGUUAGCUCUAAGGGCAGCUCCAACAUACGAAGACUUUGUAGCAGCUCUGUCCGUAGAGGACUGUGAUCCUCAGGAGGAAACAUUUUACAAAGGAAUGCAGAGGGACCUCAACAUUUACUUACCAGCCAUGGAAAAGCAGCUAAAUAUCUUGGACACUCUCUAUGAAGUACAUGGUUUGGAGUCGGAUGAGGUUGUAUGACUACAGCAAGCCAACAUCUUAAAACUUCAGGGACUGUGUCUGUUAACAAAGAUUUUUUUAACACCAUUUCUGUUCAUUGUAGCUUUUCAGGUGGGAAGGGUGUGAGUGUUUUGGGGGAAAGGUAUGUAUGAUUUUUAUUUUUUGAUGUGCACAUUUUGUGUUUAAAUGCAGAGGUACUGUUUCUCUUUGGGUCGUAACUAUAGCUGUGAUGAAUGUUUUUGACUCUUUCCUCUCCUGCCUCACCCCCUGUUCCCCUCACCUCUUGAAAGUAGCAGAGCAGAAUUUGCCCUUUGCUCCCUCACUUUACACGGGAGCCACAUAUGCAGCAGAUCGGUCGUGGUGUCAACACGGAGCCUGAGCAGGCGCUGCUGGCUUGGAUCCUCCCGUGCCCUGUGCUGCUCACUGUAGUGAGCAUUACUCUUACCCUGGUAGCAAAGAGAAGGGCAGUUAAAUGCCAGUUCAUUGUCUAUGCUGUGAGUUUCCCUUAAUUUGGGUUGAAGCUUUUUUUUUUUUUGCCUCCACAAAUAGAGGCGAUCUUCAUCACAAGCACACACGGCUGGUGAUCAAGAGCUUCCACCAGGAACCAGCCUUUGAAACCGGGCAAAGGGAACUUUGUGUUCCCUCCCAGCUACCAAUAUGUGCUGUGUUUUUUUUUCCUUUCAGCUCCUGCCAGUGGGCCAAAUGUACAGAAAAUUUCUCCUAGUGCCCUCCACAGCAAGAGGAUGCUCGAGCUGUGGUUCAGGGCAGCCUGCUGCACCAUUUAGCGUAGUGCAGGAAGGAGAUGUGUACACAUGACGAGUGGAAGGAAGGCCAUAAGCACGAGGUGAUAUUUUUUCUGCACUGGUACCAGCCCCAGUGCUGUGGCUGGUGAGCCAGAGCCUUGGCUGGCACAGACUGGCAGAGCCCAGCUAGUUUCAGUAGUGCUUUACACAAGCAAUUGAAAAUCAUGUCUAUCAUCCUGGUUUAUUAAAGUUUUGUGUUUUUUCUAUAUUUUGGGCUUAGGGUUUUUUAAAUUAAAGUCAUACAAAUAUAAUAUUUGCUUUUAAAUUGAAUGCAGCUAGCAGUUUAUAAAGCAGAUUUCAUUAAAGUCCUUCAGGCUGCCGUUAUAGGCAGGACUCCAUGAAAGUGGACAUGAAAUAGUGACACCUAGAGGAAGCUAGAAUUUGUCACUGAGCCAUUACACAUCGGGCGAAUUACAAACCUUAAAACCUGAAAUUAUGCAGAAGUGACCUGAAAUUAAGAAAGUAAGAUUUGGUGGGUUUCUCCUUCUGCUAAUAUCAAUUUAAAAAUGUGCUCCUUAGCACUGCUGUUAUUAGAAAUAAUAAAGAAGUCCUUUUAGUUAGUGAUAUGGUUAUGGACGAAAUUCCUACUUGUGUUGAAGACUAGAACACUGCCUGUGAAUUAUUUACUGCCAGUACAAGGCGUAAGUGGGUCUCUCAGUAAUGAGGUAGGGAUUUGGAUAGCUUUGUCCAAAGAGAUGAGCUUUGCCCAUGUAGAGGAGGAGAUAAGAUUGUGCUUACGAGGUACUUAAACUUAGUAAUGACUUCAUAAAUACAGGAGAAGUUUCAUUGUUGCUGUACUCACAGGAGAAAUGCUAGCUUUUGCUAGGCUAAAAAUUAAUUCUAUCUCAAAUGAAUGUACUGCAGGCCUGCAGCCCUGCUUUGUUCUGAGAUGGGAGCCUCUCUGCAUGUUUAAUACUUGAUCCUUUCAAAGGAGCCCAGCAUUGCAAGCUUUAAGAAAAGCAUAUGAUGCUUGAAGAAAAGACCAAACGCCACACUAGGUGCAUAAAGCAAGAUACUAGGACUGUAAUUAGGUAUUUAAACAGUGUCACUUUCUUCUUCCUGUUAUCUCUGAGUUGUGCCUAUCUGUAGUUUCUACAUGCAACAAGGAAGAAUCAAAAGGAUGUAUAGGGCUUUUAAUUUUUGGAGUUUUCUUAAUUUAAGUAGUGUAUAUUUAUGUUAGAAUAUAAAGUAAGAACUUUUGACCAAAGCUCCAUUAAAUUAUUUCUCUACUUGCAGUGCUAAAAAGGAAGCAGAGAGCCUUCAGAAUUUGGCUGUCUGCUUCUUGAAAGCAUGAAUGCAAAAAAAAAAAAAAAAAAGAAAGAAAAAAACACCCACGCCUACAGCAGAACAACCAGCUCUCCACCCCGUGUGGUUUCCUCAUGGCUUUCAGCUAUUAUGAGGGAAACUUUGCUAUAAUAGGUCUUAGCUGAGUGCUCUGAGAAAGCAAUAGAGACCACAUUGCCACCAAAUCAGUUGGCGUAUGGGGACAGCAGGAACAGAUCACUCUUCUCUCAAAAAUGAAUUGCAAGAUCAUGUUUUUGCUGUAAGCUUUUCCAGUAGAAGGAAAAUAAAUCUAGCACUUAAGGGCUUGGAGGUUUCUUGUUUUUUUUUUUUGUUGUUUUUUUUUUUAACUAGCGGGAGAACCACUGGUUUGUUAGUAGCGUAUCAAACCCAGUGUUUGAUGCAAAAAGUGAAGAAGCUUUAUUUUGUAAGCAAAGAACUUAACAGCUUCGUUGGGCCACUAACUUCAGCAACUGCUGACUUCUACAGUUCUUCUUUCUUCUAACAAGCAGAUAGCAGUCCACAUGGCAUGUCCUCUAACCAGUGUGGCAUCCUGCUUGAGAGCAGGCUUUCUCUGGCUCUGCUGUGUAAAGCUGGUCUUUCCGAACUGUGGAAUUGGUGCUUGAGGACGUUCUCGGUAGCUUCAGGAGACCCCCGUGUCCUCAUUGCUUAAUAAGGGAUUUUCAGAGAUGGAACUGAGCAAGGUCUCCUUGCCUUCAAAUCCUGUACUUCACCACGCACUGUUCUUGCAGGAUGUUGAGCACUUUGAAGACUUACAGAUGCUACCUUUCCAGUCCUGGCACCACUGAGAAAGAAACCCUGUACUUUUAUGAUGUCAGUCUGGCAAGCACAGAAGGUUAUUCUUGCUUUUCAGGAUUGUAAAGGAUAAGCAACUAACUUCUGGCCUUCAAAUUUGGAAUUGGGAAAGAGGCGGGUGGGUUUUGUUUGAUUUGUUUGGUUCAUUGAUUGUGGGGGAGUGUAUUUGUUAUUUUUCUCUAAUGGCUGAGGUUAUAAACAACUGAUCUGCAUACUUAUCUUGGUCCACGUGACUCUCAGAUAACAGCACCCUUGCUCUGUAUACUUGACGUGAACUGCUUUAUUUUCUUAAAGUGCACUAGUCUGAAGUUUUUGCAUCCCUUUCCUUUAGAAAUGCUUUCGGCUGUUUCCUUCAAUGUCCAACAGUUGCGUAUUCUCAGGGAUUUUACUUAGCCAUGGCAAAAUAAGAGUAAUCACAGCCUUACCCUAGGGGAGUAAGAGUGUUUUGUGAAAUUAGUGUGGCAGGGUACAGAACUCUGUACAGCAUAUGGCAUGGACAAAGUCUAUCCAGUGCAUGUCCUUGCUGAGACAUGGUAAAUCCCAAAGCAAUCUGAUCAAAGUGCUAUCUAGUGCUGAAUAAUGGCUGUCAGCAGAUUUUAACAUACACACACCUUUGUAAUGUAGUGCUGUUGGCAUUAGAGCAGAGCUCCCAAAUAAUUUCAGCAGAGUUCUGCGUAGCGAUGUGAGGCUUCUAUUUAUUUUAUUUAUUUUGUAUUUCUUUUUAAAACAAACGAUGUUCUGGAGCCCCCCUCUGCUAUUUUAAGACACCAUACUCAGUUGCAUAGUGAAGUUCUGUGACAUUACAAUUGUAGAGUAUGACCUGGACGCUCGGGUGCUUUAGUGUUCAGGAGUCGUUGAAACAUCCUGUCUUGAUGCUGUCGUACUACGGGUCUCCCUUCAACAAAUGCACUUACAGUUGAGGGCCAUAUACCUUCAGUUAUGAACUUUUUGUAAAGCAUCAUCAUGAUUUAGGUUACAGUUUGCUUUAAAAAUGUUUCAUAGUUUGAAUAUUGUCACUUGCUUGGCUGGCCGUAUAAAAAGUGUGCCCAAAAUGUGCUCCAGUUGUUUGCAACGUGCUUUGACAAAGGGACAUAGACCACUAUAGAAGACUGUAAUCUAUGUGCACAUGCUGGACCCUCUAACCCUUUCUUUUUAUUAAUCAAUUCAGCUUUUGUGAAAAGCUUUAGAGAACCCUGAAAUGCCUUUAAGACACCAGAAAAAGAUCAUUAGCACAUUCCUACCUAGCUGUCUUUCCCUCUUUCCACCUGUUCCCCACCCUUUCCUUUCCUUCUAUUCAUCAGUUUGUUUGAUGCCAGAUAUGUUGCUGUCCAGCUGAAACCCCUCUAUAAAAGUGUGAAACAGGAGGUUUUGUAAGUCAUAAAAAUGUAAGCUUUGAAAAGCAGAUCUGAAUUCAGCAGCAGGUAACCAAACACAGUCAGGUGGAGAAUGUACUGCUUUGUCUUCGAAGCUUUGCCCUGGUCUGCCAGGAAAAUCAUACCACUUUUAAUUUCACUGAUGCAAUUUAAAUCAGGACACUUCAGAAUUGGUAGUUCUAACUUUUACAAGUGAAAACACUUUAUAUUUUAAUUGGGCUUAUGUCUCUUGCAUGCAUAGUACUGAAAACAAAAAGAAAAGGGGGGGGGGUGUCUAAAAACCUACCUUGGUGAACAAACCCUGCAAACUUCAAUGUCCUGCCUGCUCUGAGUAAUAUAAAAUCACCCAUGAGCAGAGGGGGUAUCAGAGCACACUCGCUGGAUUGGAGUAAGCCCAUACAGCUACUCCCAGUUCACACAAGGAUUUCAGCACUUGCUUUGAAGGUAGAGCAUAGGGAGAUGUUUCACUUAAACACACACUCUGUUGCACUGGCAUCUGUUUCUUCAAAAUGUGGCCCUUGACUGGCAUUUUUAAAUAUCCCUUUCUUGGUAUAGUAUUCCACCCACCCCCAGUACUACCCCCAUGUGCUGAAGAGCUUUUUUUCUUUGAUUCCUUUAUUUAGUGUUACCUUGACAGUUUGUGAUUUUUGUCUACUUGAAACUAAACAAGUAAAUUGCAUUCCAUAACAUGGUGACUAAACUGAAAACCAAAGCGGCUUGCUUCUGUGGUUUCCAUUCUUCUUUUCUUUCACUUCUCAAUCCAGUUUUGGGCAUUCGUUUUAUUAAUGUCAAGCUGAGCUUACAGUGAGCCUUACUUAGAUGAAUACAUUGUAAGAUGAAGAGAAGGUAUAUUGCCUCACCCUUUAAAUUUAAUUGUAAGGGCUUGUUCAUGCCCCCAAAAUCACCUCCUCCAGUGUAAGCAUUGCACAAAUCGUGCUGUCGUAAGCAGCUCAGUGUUGAAGUACUUUGGAGUUUCCAGUCUGCAUCAUUUCUCAAAUCACACGGCAUCUGUCUGUUUUUUCUUUCGGAGUAUUGUUAAGACCUUUGACAGACUUUUAUAUUAUUUCGUGAUAAUAAACUUAUUUUAAAUAAGCAUGUUUUAAAAUCUCAUUUUCUCCUUGCAUGGAUUUUGUUUUUUUAUCGAAACAGAGAGCCUAAAGUGCUCUUCAGGACUGCAUCUGUUCUAGGUACUGUGUGAACAGUCAAAAACAGUAUGUUUCUGGUUCAUAGAAACUACCUGUAUGUAUCUUUGUACGAAGAAUGUUAACACAUGGAGCCUGUUUUGAUUACAAGAAUAAAAGCUGCAUCUGCAA